AUGUCAAUGGCAGACAGGAUAUCCGCAGUAAACGCAAAUCUGAGACAGACAAGAGGUUCUUUGGCAUCACUAGGCGUACAACCAGGUCCGGGGUUAGAGGAACAGAAAAGGAGAAAGAAAUCUGGAGCAGCGGAGGACAGGAUAGCAGAAAGAGAUGAAAGCGGAGGAGGAGUGCAAUUGAAUGAGGAAGGUGGUGAAGGAGCAGGUGAUCAGCAAACUGGUUCUGGAGACCAACAAACGGGUCCUAUCAAUCACCAGACGGGCGGCGGUAAUCAACAAGGAAGACCAGAAGAGCAAGGGGAUAGGACGGAGUCGGAUGACAAAUCAUGGAGACCAGGUGCGGAUAAAGGGAAAGGCCCAGGAGGUGAUGAAUCAGAGGAGGAUGAGCUAUCGGAGGGAGGCAGCGCAAGCUUAGCCGAAGGAGAUCAUUUGUUAAUGACUCAGGCCCAAAUAGACGAGUUGUAUACCUCAGGAGACCCUGACAACGCGAACAAAGCAGCAGCGCUCUUAGCAUGCUUCAUGGACAGCUUGGUGGAGAAAACACAACGGUCAGCCUCAAGACAACUCACCAGCCAACCACCCAAACGUCGCCAGCAACACCAACGUGAGAAUACGGGGAUGCGACGAAGGAGUCCGAGUCCAUACAAUCUCAUUCAGGAGAACUUGACGGAGUUGUCAGCCGAGCCAGAAGACACGGGUCGCUAUCAAGCGGGGAAGCGCCUUAGACCACCAUCCCCAAUAGCUUACGAGAACGCCAAGAAGACAACAGAAGGGUGGCUGCCGGACGAUGAGUACCGCGAGAAAAAGGCAGCAGAACGGCGGAACAGGUCAAAACGCGACUACGAUAGGAACAAUCGAAGGGGUAGACGAAGCCCAGAACGGUUGAAUGAUAGACGUGAUGAUUGGAAAGAGCGCCAAGCUAGUCCUAAUAGAGGAAACAAUCAUGGUUAUGAGACCAAGCGUAGCAACCACUACGGUAAAAGAAGCUAG